AUAGAAAUUACGAUCAGGUUAAUUUUGUUUGCGAUAAGAAUGCUGGUAUAUAAGUUUCUCCAUUUUAAAUACAUGUAGUAUUCAGAAUUUAUAUACAUGUAGUGAAUGGAGAAUCAAGCAACAAUGACACAACCAAAUACAGAAAUUAUCGUACAAACCAGCCACUGUCGUCAAGUUGUUUCCACCUUGUCACGUGAGAGUGUGCUGGCGGUGGAUUGCGAGGGGAUACAGUUGGGCGUGGACGGUCCCUUGACUCUAGUGCAAGUGGGAACCUACACUGGAGCCGUAUACCUUUUCGAUAUACAUGAAAACAAAAAGCUUCUGACGGAUGGUCGCCUGAAAUCUUUACUGGAAUCAAGCCAAAUUGUAAAGGUGAUGCACGCCUGUACAAGCGACAGCGCCGCAUUGUUUCAUCAAUUUGAUGUGACUUUACAGAAUGUGUUCGAUACUCAGAUUGCAGAUAUUAUCCUAGAAGAAGAAAAAGGACGCCUUCUUGCCCCAGUGCUGAAAUUACAAACCUUGUGUGAAAAGUAUUCCUCAGGUGAAAAAGUGUCCGAAAAUAAAGAAGAACUAAAGACUAAAUGGACGAAAGGACAAAGCGAUUUUUGGGCGUUGCGACCUUUAACAGACGAAAUGAUUUCAUAUGCGGCUGGUGAUGUGAGGUCGCUGAUACCGGAAGUUUACGAAGAACUUAAUCGAUUAAAUGUAGUGCUAAUAAUAUAUCUUAGCAUGGUCGAGGAGAAAAGACUAUUGGAAACUUUUCGAGAACGAGUUUUGGAGAACAUCAACAUUACCAUAGACAAAGAAGCAAAGACAAAGAGACGAGAACGAGUAGAGAACUAUACAAUGCAAAUCAUCGAUUCCAUCAUUGAAAAAUGGCACCCAAGCACCAAACUCGAGGACUUACCAGAGGAUGGUGACGAGGUACGCGCACUGAAAAGGAUUGACAUUGUUAAAGCGAACAAGAAGGGAACAUUUAUUGAUCGGCUGAAAACGGAGAGCGUUCGAAGUGAUCUGAACAAAUUAGACGAUGAACUUUCAGCACAGGGAAGCGAGUACGUCGUGAGCAUAUUUACUCAGAAGUUUCUUGCCAGCGUUACAUGUCAUCGAAAUAAAACUAUAGCAAAGCAAGCAAAGAACAUUGAAGGAAGAAUACACGAAAUUAUACUCGAAGAUAUUGCAACAAAGUGCAGUAUGGAUACAAGUCUUAGCCAUAUAACAAAGAGCGAGAAGGCGGUGUUGAGAACUCUGAAUCCAGGGAGUACAUGCGAUGACAACUUCCACCCUAUAGUCCUUCGGCUAUACUGGAAUUUAAUGGAGGAGGAUUUGGAUAGGAACAACAAUGUACUCGAUAAAAAGGGGAAGGACUUCAAAAUGAAAGAAAAACAUUAUAAAAAAUUUAAAUUCUUUAUAGCCAGCGGGACAGAUGUGCCCAAAGUUUUGAAAGAAAAAGGCCGAAAAUUAAAGCGUAAACUCGACUCUACGUUCGGAAAGAAUGUAGUACCUCGCUGAAAAAGAAAGGUUUUAAAACGAUUCAUCACAUAACAUGAACAAGAAUUAUUCAAUGUCACAAUUCAUCUCAAUUAUUUCCGGUUUUGAUAUUGUUUUUAUUUGUUUGAUUUUUUUUAUCUUGAGUUUCAAAUAACAGGAACAAAAGCAAAAAUAAUGAAAUAAACAUGGAACAAUAUGAACAGCACAAAGUAUACAAUGUACAUGUACAUACAUGUAAUCAAUUGUACAUACAUAUCUACAGAUAUAAUUUAUUAUGUAAUUGCAUUAUGAAAGCAAAUCAUCUUUUGACCUUUGAUACCUUUGUUUUUUCAUUUCUUGAACAUUAUCAUAUGUAAUCAACUGUCAUAUAGGAGAGGGCGUACUAAGUUUUAAGAACUUGUGCUCAAUCCUUUUGUUAAAACAUCUAGACAUUACGAUAUGUUCAAAUCAAAUUGUUUGUGUUUUGUUGAUUUUUUUUAAUCUAGUGUUUCAAAUUACAGGAACAAAAGCAAAAAUAAUAAAAUAAUCAUGAAACAGUAUAAACAUUACAAACUAUACGGUGCACAUGUAUACACCAAGACUGGAAAUCACUAGUGAACAUCAAGACUAAAAAUCACCAGCGAAUACCAAGACUGGAAAUAGCGAACAAGACUGGAAAUAGCGAACAAGACUGGAAAUAGCGAACAACAAGACUGGAAAUCACUAGCGAACAACAAGACUGGAAAUCACUAGUGAACACCAAGACUGGAAAUCACUAGCGAACAUCAGUGAACAAACUCAUCGUCAGUCGUAUCAAGAAUUCUAGCCACAUAUGAAAUGUUUUUAGAUAUGUUAACGUUGCUGUUUCUUAAUUUUUGAUAGUUUUCUGUUUGUUUGUAUUUUGUUUCAUGUCUCAUCUGAGAAUGUUCCACUCGUGUAGAGACGUCACCAGCCUCUGUGUGUGAGAAUGCAAUGACUAAUUCCAAGACGUUUAAGUAUACUAUAAGAACCUGAAGUUUCUAAUGUACUCGAUUAAUAUGAUUCAUGUUAUCCAUUUCAUACGGUGCAUAAAAUGUAUUGCUACUAAAAUACAAUUGUUCCAAAUAAACUUUGAGACCAACACACCAAAUAAAGCUUUUUCAUAA